AUGGAUCAUUCACAAAAUUUAAAUCGUGAUCAACACUUUAACUCAACAGAACGCGAUAAUGCGGAUAUUUUACUGCUGGAAGCUUAUUUAAAACAAACAGAGGGACAGAAAAAUAUAUUGGAAGCAAAGGUGGCCAAGCAUGACCGGGUGAAAGCAGAAAUGUGUGAUUUGCAAACUAAGUUGGAUAAUCUCCAACGAACGAUAGAAGAUAAAAAGAUACUUCACCAACAGUCUUAUGAUGAAGUCAAUCAAGAAUUAGAAGCUACAUCAUCGAAGUACAGCCAAACAUUGAGUACGGUAGAAGAGUUGGAACAAGAUAACCACGAGUUGGAGUGCAGUAUAAAAUCUCAAUCGUGUAAGGAAUCGCAGAUAGUUGAAAAAAUCAACAAGCAGGAAAUUUUGAAGAAAAAAACUAUUGAAUGCAAUAAUAAUAUUUGGGAUAAAAUCAAUAAAGAAAAGGAAUGUGUGAAGUCACUGCAACGGCAACAAGAUGACUUGGAAUCUGCGAUUUGUUGCAAAACCACCGAAGCACAAAAGUUACGAGGCGCGUUAACCGAUAAGGAGGCGAUGGUUCAGUGCAAGGAAAACCAGCUAACCGAACUGCAGCAGCAAAUUGCUACCAGUGACAGGUGCCUGCAGGAACUAACCACCGAGUUUAGGGAACGGGAAGCGGAAUUGGAGGCACAUAGGAAAGCGGCACCUGAGAAGUUGGCUAUGAGUAACCAGUGUUUGGACAUGGUCCGCCGGGAACUGGCGGAUGCGUGCGCCGCGGCAGCCGGCUGGAAGACCAAGAGCCAAAACGCGGCCAACGUGCACUGUGAACUGAAAGCAACCCAAAAAUCGGAACAGUGUCGCGCGAAAGCUAUCCUCGUGGAGCUGGGUGAAGAACGGUGCCGGCUGGCUGAACAGCUGACGGAAACGCUACUUCAGCUCAAGUGUGCGGUGGCUGAAAACUGCCAGCUUACGGCCGACGCCAAAGUUUUGGCCGAGCGAUUGGCUUGCCUGUUGGCCGAGAUAGAGCGACUGGAGAAGCACAAGUUCUCCGAUCGCCUCUCGCCUAUGGCACAGUGCACGGGUUUUGAAACCCAGGACGAAAAAACUGACAGGAAAUGGAAUACAUUGGAGUCUGUCUAA